GCAGCUGCCGUGGGUUAGCUUUUCGAUUAAUUUCUGCGACCGUCGGCAAAGGCGAUGAGGAGGCCCCGUGGACAGAGUACUCGGCUCCGCUAGGCAUCGCGGUCUGCACGCGAGGAUGGACGCGCUGAAGCCGAACCAGGAGGUCGUGCACGAGGGCUGGCUCAUCAAAUCGCCGCCCACGAAACUUUGGAAGGCGAGAUGGAGGCAAAGAUGGUUCACACUUCGACAUAGUGGCGAAUUACCUGGGCAAUAUUUUUUAGAAUAUUAUACCGACAGAAGAUGUAGGAAACUUAAAGGUAGGAUCGAUCUCGAUCAAUGCGAGCAGGUCGAUGCGGGAUUAAGCUUUGAAAAUCGAAAGGAAAAGUAUCAGUAUAUGUUUAAUGUUAAAACUCCAAAAAGAAUUUACUAUCUAGUAGCGGAAAAUGAGAUUGAUAUGAAUAAAUGGGUGGAUGCGAUAUGCCAAGUCUGUGGAUUAAAGGCAUAUACUCAAGACGAAGAUCAACAAUGCCAAAUUUUCUCGUUUGAAUCGCAAGAAUCUCCACCCAUUUCGCCCACCAGUAUAAUGUCCGGACCGUACAUUCCUAUAAGCGAAUGUAUUUCUGGGCCGCGUCUCAAUGAUGCAAGCUCUCUAAGUUCGGUAACAGUGCAAGCCAUUGACAGUUACGAUGCCACAAAACGAUUAGUGCCAUCUCCUCCACGUUCCCCAACAACGGAUGCCGAAAGUGUUGUCACCGAUGACGAAUGGAUUUCUUCUCUACCUAAUGUUAAUUGGGAUACAUUUCCCGUUGCUGGUGAUCUUAAACCAAGUAAUGCAGGAAUUGGUUCAUGGAGCGUAAAAAAAAGAUUUGGAAAAUUGAGGAUCGUUGAUUCGAAUAAGCCGCCGAAUGCGGAUGAAAUAGCAAUUCCACCACGACCGCCAAAGCCAUCGCACAUGGUUACGGAAUGUCCUGGUCAUAAUUAUUUAAAUUUGGAUGGUGCGACUGAAAGUUCAAAGCCAACGACUCCUUCGACUCCUGCACAAUCAGUUACAACUAACGAUCUCAAUAAUUCAGGUGGCUCGUCAAAAUCUCGUCAAAUAACAGCUAAAACAGACACAAAUAUAGCCAAUAAACCACAGAAACAACAAAGUACCAAUGCAAAUUCUUCUAAUGCAGACGAUCAUGUAUUCCGUUACGAUUUCGAUAAUAAUGAUCAAGUGAACUCGGAGAAUGCAUCGACAGCCACAUACUCAAAUCUUUCGAGUCCUUUGAAUAAGGAUAAUAUGAAUAGCGUGCCUGUAAUAAUUGUGCCACCUCCACCACCUCCAUUGGUGUACCGAGAAUUGAAACCUGGAAGAAAAACUAGUGAUUCGAAUGUUAGUAAUGAGUUAUCACCCACUGUAAUUAACAAGGAUGCAAACUGCACCGAACAAAUAAACAUCGAGCCACCAAGUAUAAAUAGAAAGCUAAAGCCAGUUAUGAUCAAACCACCCGUUGAAGAUUUAUUACAACUUACGACACCGCCUGGAAAAGGGAAAAUCAAAUCAAUUCCUAGUCCCAUUUUAAUGUCGAAAAUGCAAAAAAGUCAUCAUCCAUCCAUUUCUGACGAUGAUAAUAAUGCAUUUGAAGAAAAAGAAGAUAUAUAUUUCUACCAAGACAACGAUACUUUUAUACCAGCAUCAAAUCGUCGUUUAUUAGUCUUGCAAUACUUAGACUUAGAUUUAGAAACAUCCGAAAGCUUAAAUAAUCCAACUUUACAAACUCCACAAUCUCCUCUGGCUACCACCGUUUACAAAACCGUUGAUUUUCUAAAAACUGAAGCUUUUAAUCGCACGAGACAAAGAGUAGAGGAAGAAAGAAAGCAAUGCACUGAUGAAUUGACAUAGCUCAUGGUGUAUAUCAAGUUUUUUAAACUAAGUUGCAUGCGACUUUGAAAAAGUGCUUCCAUAAUUAUCUUAUUACGUAAUUAUAUCUAUAUAUAUAUAUAUAUAUAUAUAUAUAUAUAUAUAUAUAUGAAUCGAGAUAUAUACGAUUAGAAAGCAGAAGAAACGUAAUGUUAAAUUUACAACUCUAGUUUUAAGAAAACGAUCGUUAUCGUUAAGUGAUAAAGGGAAUCAAAUUUUUCUUCUGUAGUUACCUUACAGAAUUUAUAAGCCAAGUGAUAUAUAUAAGAAUUGUUAAAAUUAAUAAAAGUCUGCGAACAUGCUCUUUAUCGACGCUACAUUAGUUGAUUCAACGAAAAAUCGGACCAAAAACUUGUAUUCAAUUUAAAACUAUUCUGAAUAGAGUUUAAAACUAAUAAUUAAUGGAAAUGUGCAUUAAUGUUCUUUCCAUUGAGAAUCAUCAUUGGAACUGACUCGACGUCAUAUCAAUUAGUUUGAAACAAUUAGUAAAAUUUUGCAAAUAUAUCGAAAACCACAUUAUUGAAACAAAAAAAA